CCGUAUUGGAACGCCCUCCCGGAAGUAGAAUGUAGAUCCGGCUGUGAGAGCGGCCGCCGGUGGCCCCCGAGAGCAGACCGGGGGCGGUCGCACCUGAACUAUUUCUCUACGUUUCCUCUCGCUCCUUCCUGAGUCUUCCAGGUCCACGGAGUGAGGACACGUCUCCACCAUCAUGGGGGGCGGAGACCUGAACCUGAAGAAGAGCUGGCACCCGCAGACACUCCGCAAUGUGGAGAAAGUGUGGAAGGCUGAGCAGAAGCAUGAGGCUGAGCGGAAGAAGAUCGAGGAGCUUCAGCGGGAGUUGCGGGAGGAGAGGGCCAGGGAGGAGAUGCAGCGCUACGCGGAGGAUGUUGGCGCUGUCAAGAAGAAAGAAGAAAAAUUGGACUGGAUGUACCAGGGUCCUGGUGGGAUGGUGAACCGUGAUGAGUACUUGCUGGGGCGCCCCAUUGACAAAUACGUUUUUGAGAAGAUGGAGGAGAAGGAGGCAGGCUGUUCUUCUGAGACAGGACUCCUCCCAGGCUCUAUCUUUGCCCCUUCGGGUGCCAAUUCCCUCCUUGACAUGGCCAGCAAGAUCCGGGAGGACCCACUCUUCAUCAUCAGGAAGAAGGAAGAAGAGAAAAAAAGAGAGGUAUUGAAUAAUCCUGUGAAAAUGAAGAAAAUCAAAGAAUUGGUAAGUAGUGUAUCAAAUGAGCACCAGGAGUAUCUUUUAGCUACUUUAACAUGAGAACUUCACUCCAUUUACUCUUACCUUACGAGAAGGAAAACUGGCUUUAAAAAUUUUUGUCUU